AUGGUAGCAGCGCGGGCGAGGGCAUUCCAGGAUGAAGACCUCCGGCGGCCUUGGGAGACUCUCCGCAGCGCCGCGCGCCAGCGCAACCUCGCGCUCGCGCAGCAGGCGCUGCAGCUGGAGGCGGCGCUGCUGCGCGGCCGCGCGCUGCGGGCCUGCGAGACGCGGGAGGGUCCAGGGUGCACGAGCAUGCAGAAGGUCGGGUGCUUGGGCUGCAUCGACGUGGUGAAGGGAGUGCCCGUCUGGGACCAGAGCAGGCCCCUCGCGUGCGGCACGGACAAGGACCAGAGGGGGCAGGGCAAGGCGCAGCGGGCAGGCGGCAAGGGCAGCCGAGAUCCGCACGAGGAGCAAAAGGCCGCGGGCGGGAAGCUACGGGCCAGCCGGGGAGGAGGCACCGCUGGAGACAAGCAGAAGCACGCGAAGAGGGUCGCCCAUGCGGAUUGUCAAGUGGAGAGGUCGCUGAGGAUGCUGAGGGCGAUGGAACGCAAGAUUUUUGACUCGGGCUGGGAGCCGAAUGGCCCUUGGCACCAGGUGACGGACGACGGCGAAAUCUUCGGAUGCGACGAUCCGUCGGAUAUGGACGACCACGUGGACACCAGCGACCUGAAGCGGGUGACGACGGAGCCGACCAAAGGAAAGCAGCGGCAAGGAGCGGCGCAGCACUUCGCAGGCGGAGGACUCGAAGGAAGAGUGGACCUCAGAUCGGCGAGGGCUUUGCUGAAGAAACUGAAGAAGAAAGGCAAGCACGAGCAGUACGGGGCAAAACUCGCGACCAUGACGGAAGCAGCGUGGCCGAAGCAGCACAUUGCGGGAUCGGGAUCGAGACUAGGAGCUGCGCAGGAGGCGAAGGAUUGUCCUAUGAUCAGGUACACAGCAGACUCGAGCUACGCGAUGAGAAGCAUGAACAAGCUUGAGGCUGGAAAGAUGCCGAAUUCACACGUGGGCAGGCAGGGCAAGAGGUUGGAGAUCAUCAAGGUAGAGAACCGCAUGACGGCCGAGGAGGUUAUCAAAGCAGGCGCAGGCCACUUCUAUUUCAUGGGCAACAGCUUCGCGGACGACCCCGUGAAAGGAAGUAUCGAGGAGGUGCAGGUAUCACGUCGGUGCGUUCGUUUUAAUGUGGAGCAUUUUGCCUACUGCAUGUGCACAUUCACUUUCUUUGCGAAUUAUUACUGCAGGAAUUGGCGGUACACCGCGCUCUCGGCGCACGGCUCUCGCGAAGUUUUGCGGGGCACCGGUGGCCGCGCCAAGGGCCAGCUGGUCUGCGGCGGCAGGACACAGCGCGUCGCGGUCUGCGUCGCGAGGACGCGCGGCGUCAAGCGCUUGGCAGUGGAGAUCCAGAUGCUGAAGCACGUCGGGAAGCACCCACACAUCGCGGAGCUGUUGUAUAGCCACACCUGCGACGCGACGGCAUACUUUGCGCUGGAGGCGGUAGAGCCCAUCGGCUUCGACCUUGACAGGCUCGCGAAGCAGUACGUGUUCGCCAAGCAGAGCGUGCCCGUGCUCCUGGCCCAGCGGCUGAUCAACCAGCUGGCCGACGCGCUGAAGUGGAUGCACAGCCGGAAGGUCGUGCACCGGGACGUCAAGAGCGAGAACGUCCUGGUGACGAGGAGCUACGACGCGAAGCUGAUAGACUUCGGCAUCGCCAUCCCUUGGGGAGGGAGGGUCUGGGCCCCCAAGACCUACAUGGCCCCGGAGCUCUGCGCCGGCAACCUCCCCCAACUCCACUGGGUGGACUCCUGGGGGCUGGGGGUCGUGCUCCAUCAGAUGUACCAGCACCGCUGGGACAUCAUCGACUGCACGGGGACGAACAUAAAGAUGCGCCCCAACCGCCCGUGCUUGGCAAACCCCAUGUCCGACGACCUGAGGGAGGCAAUGCUCGGCCUGCUGCGACUGGAGGAGGCCAGCAGGCUGACGCUGGAGGACAUCGAGCAGCGGCUGCCCGCCGACGAGCAGACGCAGGCGGGCUCCCGGAGCACCUGGCGCGCCCCCGUGGCGGACGGGGCGGACACGCGCAGGUGGCUCAAGAAGUACAGGGGCUCGGCACCACCGCUGACGGCGUACGCCGCGGUCGUGGACUCGAGGAACGGCCAUCUAGUCGGCAAGAAGGUCGGGGAAUUGGACUUACGGAACAAGUACGGUGCUACCCUUGUGCUGAUGGAUGUUCCAGCAAAUCCUUCAAAAGAGAUCGACAGAGUAUUGGUCAAGUCACCGAAUUUUCCAGUGAUCCGAGAAGGCGCCUGGCUGUAUUUUGGCCUCCCCCACUGCGACUCCCCGGACGAGACGAUAGCGGAGCUGCGGCAGGGGCUCUUCCCGCACAUCGGGAACGGCCUCGGCCGCAGCGUGAACUCGAAGGACGGCCUGAUGGUUUUCACGCUCGAGUUCGAUUGCUUCUCGUUCCCGGAGCACAUCUCGAGCGAGAGCGGCCCUCGGUCCGAGAGCGACCAGGGACGGGACCCGGGCGCUCGACCUGCGGAAGAGCUUCGGCCUGAACUUGGCGGGGGUCAUCAGCUCCAAGGGCACGGAGACGUGGUUUCCAGGGCCCGAUCGCGAGGUUGA